AUGGUGAAACGGGACCAUUUUUCAAAGUUGGCGUCUGAAAAUGCCAAAGAAAGAGUACAAGCAGCCAACGCUUUGAUGCAAGAGUUGAUUGAGGAAGACUCUUUUCAAGAAUGGGACUACACCUACAAUCGUUUAAUAAAGGGCUUGACUUCAACUAAGCAAAGUGCCAAAUUGGGAUUUGGCGUGCUUUUAACUGAAGUUAUAUCCGAAAUGAAGAAACGUAAUGGGUUGACGGUUGAAAAGUAUUUGGAGAAGUUACGUGAAGUGACUACUGUCAAAGGUGGUAUGAAAGGAAAGGAAGAAAGAGCCCUUCUAUUUGGUCAUUUGUUUGGACUCAAUGUGAUUAUAAAGGUGGGAUGGCUUGAAGAAGCGAGUGAGGCAGAGUGGUUUCACUUUAUUGACGAUUUGACAAAUUUGUUGAGUACAAAGCCUUGGAUAAGGGAAGCUGCCACCGCUAGUUUGAUUGGAGCUAUCAAAACCGCCAAUUCUAAAGUGUCACAUGCUGUUUACUUGAGGUCAAUGCAAAAAUUGAACGAUCUUGGUUUGAACUUGUCUACGGAGGGCUUGGCCGUGUACUUGGCCAUAGACGGGCAAGUCAGAUCAAAACUCGCCGAAAAGAUUGUCAACCCAAAGUCAAAUUGGAAACAAGGAGAUCCUCUUCACAAAGGAAACUUGCCCGUCUUAGCCAAGGUUUUGAAAGAUGUUGAGAUUGUUGACGAAAAUGUCGAAGAUAGGAAACAAAAGAGCAACUGGACCCCAAACUUGCCAUUUGUAUGGGACAUUCUUAUUGAAGAGUUGGCGGCUCCCAGAGAUGGUGUGAGGGAACCUCCGAAAAAGAAACAAAAAAAGAAUAAUGGAAACAAAGGCGAUGAAACGAUUGGCUUGAAAGAAUUUUACAAGGUUGUAAUUGACGAGUCAUUAUUUUCAGAGAAAUCGUCGCAUGAGAGAAAAUAUUGGGGAUUUGAAAUCUUUAUCAAGUUUUUGACAAAACUAGAUCACGACUUGGAAGUGUUGUUUACUCCCAACUUCAUGAGAUGCUUGAUCAAUCAGUCAUCACACAAGUCACGCACGUUGCAUGAAAUAGCCGUCAGAGCCUUGUCUGCAAUAGCGGAAAAGAGUUCGCAGGUUAAUGAGUCUGGUCCUAUGUUGCUCAAAUGCUUAUUGGAUGAGUCAAGAGGCGGAUGUUGGAACUUUGACUUGGUAACCAAGUCGCGCACUGUGGAUAGAGUUUUGUUGGUGCCCAACAGUGGUAAUGUUUCCAUUAUUAUUGACAAGUUCUCCAGUAUGUUGAAGAGUCAAACAUCCACGGACGGGUUCAAGUACUCCAAUGAUAACGUUCUCAAGUGGUGCCUUGACAAAUUAGUACAUUUGGUAAAAUUCAACAGGGAUGAUGCGGUUGUGAAACAGGUUAUCAAGUUGUUGAUCAAAACUGCAUUCUUUGAAGGUGAAGCCUCUUCUAAUAUCAGAAAGUUAGCACAGGAAAAGUUAAACUCAGUACUUUCGGAGCUUUUAUCCUACAAUAGUGCCGCCGGCGUAUCCUGGCCGGGCUACUGUGUUGAGCAAAUUGCGCUGUUGGAAAAAACCAGUAAAUGCUUGGUCGAAUUUGACGAGGAGUUGAGUGAGGUCCGUGACGAAACUAACAAUAUUUUGAAAUCCUUGCAAAAGCAUUCAAAUGGAGACUUUAGCCGCGUAUUUGGUUUACUAUUUUCCAUGUGUUUUAUUCAGUUGUACAUGGGUGAUGAGGAGAUUGUUCAAAUAACUCAAGAAUUACUAUCUCUUUAUCAAAGUGAAGCCCGAAGUAAUGAUGAAAAUAACGUGGAUACUGCCGUGGUGAUGACUGAGAUCCUUCUAAGCUUCGUCACUAGAAAGAGCACGUUGUUGAAAAAGUUGUCAAUGAUUGUAUGGGAUCAUUUUCUUUGUGGGGUUGAUGGGGAGGGGAAGUUGAGGAUCAAUGAUGAAUGUUUCAAGUUGUUGUUUGAUGUUUUGAUAGCAAAGGAGAAUAAAGAAGGGCAGAAGCAGUUGUUUGAGAACGAUGAUGAGAUGGUUGUUGAUGGUGAUAGCGAAGAUGGCGAUGAAGGAGAUGAUGACGAUGAUGAUGAAGACGAUGAUGACGAUGACGAUGAUGACGAUGAUGACGAUGAUGACGACGACAACGCGACUGCCAACAAUACAAUGACUGAUCUCGACAAGGAAACCAAUCUCAAGCUUGCACAAGCUUUGGGCAUCCCCACUGCCGAGUCCGGGGAAGUCAAAUUCGACGAGCUCUCCGAUCUCGAUUCAUCCAACAAUGAGUACGAAAGUGAUUCAAUGGACGAUGAACAAAUGAUGGCUAUGGAUGACCAGUUGUCCAAAAUUUUCAAAGAAAGGCAAAACAUCUUGAGCAGUGUCAGUUCAGGAAACAAGAGAAAGACCGAAGUGCACGAUGCACGUGAAAACAUGAUAUUUUUCAAGAAUCGAGUUUUAGACUUGCUAGAGAGCUUUACCAAACACCAUCCAAAUGCUGAAUACAACUUGAAGUUUAUUGAACCUGUGGUGACAUUGAUAAAUUUGACGAUGGAUAAAAACUUGGGAGUCAAGGCCCACAAAUUUUUAAAGACUAGAAUCAGCAAAACCAAGGUGUACACCAGUGCAACUGGUGUUAAGGAUGUUGCGAACUUUACCCAAUGGAGUAAAGAAACUAUUAAAGAACUACAAAAUAAAGCUGCUACCACAAAAUCUUCAAACCAGGCUGUUAUUGCUAGCUACAAUCAAAGUUCCAUGUCAGCAUAUAAACAAGCAGGUAUUUCAUUAAACAAGGCUCUCGCCAUUGCUGCACAAACUUUGAGAAACUCGUUGAAGCCAGAAUUCAAGGCUGCUGCUGAAAGAAGAGGAUUUGUUGAGGCCAAAGUUUCCGUAUACGAAAAUGGUAAAGCUGGUGAACCAAGAGCAUUGAAGCCAAUUGACAAAUAG